AUGGCGUCCAAGUUCGUGGUUAAUGCAGCCUUUAAGGCUCGUCUUCUCCUUCGGUCACCUCGACAGCGCGAUAUUUUACCACGGACCACCCUCAAACCCGAAUACCCUACGUUGCAGACUCUCAGCUCCAGAUCAUACUCAGACUCGACCUCUACCCCCUCUCCAAAACCUACUGGAUCUCCUGAGGGUUCUCAAUCUUCUGGGUCUGAGCAUAAGCGGAAGAAUUGGUUCUCCCCUGCUGCUUGGGACAAUGUCUGGAGCAAAGUCUGGACAGGCGUUUUGGCUGGCGGCUUGGCCACCGUUGAUCUUAAUCUCACCACAUAUGCCACCCGGCCAAUCUGGGGAGAUUGGUACCAGGAAUUUCGGAGACGUGCGCACAAAUCUAGACGCGAAUCUGCAAUCUACGAUCAGCUCAAAAAGGGACCGAUAUUUAAGGAGGCGAUUGAAUACACUAUCCCACGCGGGGUCCUUGUGGAGAGAAUAAGACAUGUCAUCACACCAAAGGAAAGAAGUCGUCUUUACCCUCUAAUUGUCGGAGAGCACGAAACCGGAAAGACAAGCUUGAUCAAGCUCGCCGUGAAUGGCAUGGACGAGCCUAAGGGUGUCGUAUAUGUCAAUAUCCCGAUUCGAUGCGGCUUAGAAGCCGAUGUUACUAGGGAGAUGCAAAAGUCUUUGGGGUGGGACCUAGAUGAGUUGAUUGAUCCCAGCGAACGUAACUACUGCGGUUCCUUCAAUAACGGUAUCUUUGGAAGAAGUUUUGCACGUUUUUUCCCGUCUCGCUAUCAAGUACAAGAAGGAGUAUGGGAAAGUACCGCGAACCGACUCGCCAAAAAGCUACCGGAGCUUCUUGACCUAUUUCAGGACUAUGCGAAGGAUGCUGCCGAUAAAGGAACAGCUGUCGUUGUGUUUGUGUCAAGUGAAGGCCAGGCACCGCGUCGCAUGGCGGGGAGAAGUUCAUGGUCGAGAAGAGGGAAUAUCAUCGAAAUUGGUGAUGUGAGCAAAGAGGAAGCUCUACAGUACCUCAAACUCCGGAACAUCGAUGGGGAGCUGGCAGCGCAAAUUUAUCACCUCGCUGGCGGCCGCAUGAUUCACCUCAAGUUUAUCGUAGAUACCCUGGAGGAGAAUGGCGCAUUUGAGGCUGCGUGCCAGAUGAUGCUUAACGACGCCAAAAGACAACUCCUGUCCGCCGAAGUUUAUCCUGCAUGUCGUUAUCACAAAGAGGGAGCGAUGAUUAUACGCGAGCUUUUAAAGAAGGGAUCCAUCUCGUGGGACGCCUUCCAUGGUCUAGUAGGCAUCGACACCGGGAAUAAGUUGUUGGAAGCAAACAUAUUCGCAUUCCACUUGAAUUCUCAAGAGAUCACCUUUCAGUCGACGGCGAUGAAACGGUUUUGCGAGGAAAUUCGGUUCUCUGGCAAGGAAAUGAAUAAGUCAGACGUCGUCAGAAGGGACAAGAUGCAGACACGGGACAUGGAACUUUUAUAUCAGUCUUGGUCACAGCGUCACAAAUCAAUCCAAAAUGACUUUGGGCCUUCGUACACUAAACCUCUCCAUAGAUGGUUUUUGAGAAAAGGGAGCGGAGCGGAGCAGGAACGAAUAGCCACUGGAGUUACUGGCGUGAUUGCCCACGCGUGUCAGAGAUCAGGCGCCAACAUUUACCAGGAUACGAUACAGGGAAAUGAACAGCAGCUUGCGCAUGGUAGAGGAAUCAAGUAG